AUCCUAUUUCUUUCACUCUAUCCAAAUCCGAAUAUCUCUCUUUCUGCAGAUUCUAUCUCGAGGAUUAAAAGGGAUUCAUGAUAAACUGAUGCAUCGAUCUCCAACCUUGGGAUUGCUUGUUGUUUAUUGUUAGCUCUCUCUUGCAUAAAUGCCAUUUAUGUUUUUGUAUCUCUUGUGUUCAGGGUCCAAGGAAUAAUUGAGCUUAGAGAGGUGUAUUCAGAUGGUGUAGAGUGUAGACUGUAGACUAUGGCAUUGGCAACUCAUCCAUUGAAGUGCGAAGGCAAUCUUCCCAGUGAAUUUGUUCGGGGAUCUUGUGGCACUUUUGCCUCCGUGCCUUCAUCGUGGAGCAGAGGGAGCAAGUUAAAGCAUUGUGUACCAGCACUCGGUGCUGUUGAGAGAAAAGAUAGGUUUAUAUUGUUGAAAUGCCGGUCAUGUUCAAGUAUAGGAGCUUCUCUUGCCCGUCGACCAAAGUCAAAACCAUUCAAAGUAUCAGCAUUCAAAGACUACCAGUUUGAUGAUUCUAACAAUGGCAGUGCUAAUAGCUCAAAGUAUCUUAACAAUGCUGUUGAAGUUUCCUAUUUGAAACAUAAGAGUGAAGAAUCCUCUGUGGAAUCUUCGAAGGUACAGAGUGAUGUUCCUGCUGUUGAAGCAACAACCAGAUCACUGGCUAUUCAGAAUUUAUUCAAGAGUUGGUUGGUGUUACUGCGUGCACCAUCUCAAACCUUAGAAGCAGAUAAGGUUCUUGAAGAAUCUUCAGUGGCAAAAUCAUCAGAAAUGCCAAAUACUUCAGUAAAGCAAAAAGGUGGAAUUCUGAAGGCAGUUUGGUGUCGUAUUCUUGGCCUGGAUACGGCAAUCAGGAUACCUUUUUUACUUUUUUGUGUAUGCAGCACUCCACUAUACCUUGCUGUUAACCUUGUAUAUGGUAUGGAAGUAUCAAAGGAAUUGACUCCCUUGUGGAUUCUUGGACCAAUCGUUGUUACUGUUUAUGUAAAGACGUUCCAAGCAUUAUGCGGGCUCUACGCAUUCGGCUUCAAACAGACGGCCAAUGUAAUCAAGAAAUUGCCUGUGUAUUACUCGCUGGUGCAUGAUCACAUUGUUCAUGGAAAGCUAAAAGAAGCUAUGAGAAUACAUAUAUUGCAACCUCUAGCAGACAUAAGACACAUGAACUACAGUGAAGUAACUAGGAGGAAAACGAAGGUUUUGCAAGGCUGGCUGGUUGACAGACAGCUGGACCUCAUUGAAUUAGUAUGGCCAUGGUAUUGCAGAACAAUCAGGUUUCUAAAGAGGACACAUCUAGUAUAGUGGUGUUGAGUAUUCCCUCCAGAUUCUUUUCUCUGAUCUUGGCCUCGUUGUUCUUUUCUUGAGUGAGAUAUUCGGACAGACACAUUUGCUGAUACUCCUCUGUACUUGGAUUCUUCUCUCGAGCAUUUCGAGAGAAACUGAAGCGUUUGAGGUUUGUAGGAUCGCCAUAUCUGUACUCAUUCAUAUCCAUGCGCUUCUCAUUUGUGAUGUGUGGAGACCAUGAACGUCACCACAUAUGGAUAACUAGAUAUGUUUGCGUACUGCAUCUAGUUUUGGGAAACUUUUUAGAUAAUUUGUAAGAGAAAUAGUCUUGGCUUGUGUUGUAAUGAGGUAAGGUAACAUUAAGGAAUUGAAUAAUGAAUAUUCAUACGA